GUAAAUUUUAUUCAUAAUGCGGUGGUACUGCCGACGUGUCGUGCAUAUAUGGAGCGCUUCGGGGACAACAUAACCACAGAGCGGGAGCACGAUGAGGGUAUAUCCAGGCCCAGGGCAUGGGAGGACAGCCUGCGGGCGACGAGCAAGAUGGGGAAUGGGAGGACGAGUUGAUGAGCUCGGGCGAUGAGGACAUGGCAGCGGACCAGACGAUCGAGAUGGUAUAUGAGAGCGUCGGACUCGGACGUCGGCAAGCGGCAGGAGAAGAAGCAGAUGUGGAGAUGGCGGACAGCAGCGAGGCGAGCGAGGAGGCCACCGAGGAGUGCUGCGUCAAGCGGCGGUGCGGCGGCAUGCAGGACAUCGUCUUCUCGGGCGAGACUGACCUUGCGCACGGGGUUGCAUGGAACCACUACCGCUUCCUCGGUCGUGCACGCACGUGGGACGGGCUCAUCGCGAUCCGGAGCAGGGGGAUGUUUCGCGUACUUGAACCCAAAAUCAGAGGGCUGACCCGGACCAGCUAUACGGAUUCUUCGGGUGAAGAAAGCUGCGCGAACGGCCUCGGUGAUGAACGGAACCUCGAGUCGAAAACCUUGGACUUAUCAUACUAUACUCAAUUUUAG